AUGUCCCAUAUUCACGCAACGAAGUCUUUUACCAACCCGUUUCAUCUCUCGUUGAAGAAUCUCCAGGUUGUCGACAAGCAGGCAGAGCCAAUCUACUACAUCGGAGUGGAUGUGGGAACCGGUUCGGCAAGAGCCGCUGUUGUUGAUCAAACGGGGGCAAUUCUAGGGCUUGCCGAGCGGCCCAUCACCAGACACGAAUUGAAGGCUAAUCACAUCACCCAGUCCUCCACAGAGAUCUGGGACGCCAUUUGUUACUGUGUCAAGACUGCUGUUUCACAGUCCCAUGUCGACCCUUCCAAAGUGUUGGGUAUGGGUUUCGACGCAACCUGUUCGCUUGUGGUGGUGAACGAAAAAACCGACGAGCCAAUGGCUGUGGGUCCUGAUUUCGACGACAACCUCGAGGACAUCAUCUUGUGGAUGGACCACAGAGCAGAGACCGAGGUGAACGAGAUCAACGCCACCCACGACGAGUGCUUGAAGUACGUUGGUGGCAAAAUGUCCAUUGAGAUGGAGCUGCCAAAGAUGAAGUGGCUCAAGAACCAUCUGCCAAAGGACUCCGACGGAGAGUCUUUGUUCAACCAGUGCAAGUUCUACGAUCUGGCCGAUUUCCUCACUCACAAAGCAACCGGCUCCGAAACCAGAUCGUUCUGCAGCACUGUUUGUAAACAAGGUUUCAUCCCGGAGGGAAUCACCAAUAGAAACGGUUGGUCGUCCGAUUUCCUGAACAAGGUUGAUCUGCCAGAACUGGUGGAGGACAAUUUCAGAAGACUGGGCGGUGCUCCAGGCAUCAACGGCAAGUACUUGUCUGCAGGAGAAACCGUUGGAAGUCUGACCGAGGCCGCAGCAGAGGCAUUGGGACUGACAACCGACUGCUACGUCGGAUCGGGUGUCAUUGACGCCUACGCCGGCUGGAUUGGUACGGUUGCUGCCCAGACCGAGACCCCAAUUCCAGAUCUUGUUGAGCAGGACAAGAACCUUAGGGGUAUGGCCAAGGCCACCGGAAGACUGGCUGCCGUGGCUGGUACGUCCACCUGCCAUAUCUGUUUGGACGACAAGGCGAUCUUUGUGGAAGGAGUUUGGGGUCCAUAUAGAGACGUGAUGGCCAAGGGUUUCUGGCUGGCCGAAGGAGGCCAGUCCUGCACAGGUGCGCUUUUGGCACACGUUCUGUCCACCCAUCCUGCCUAUACUGAACUGGGUGUUGCAUCUGAGGCUUCGGGAGCUUCCAGAUUUGAUUACCUCAACACGAGACUGGAGAUGCUCAAGAAGUCCACCAAGGAGCGGUCUGUUGUUGCGUUGGCCAAGAACCUGUUCUUUUACGGCGAUUUCCACGGCAAUAGAUCGCCAAUUGCCGACCCUACAAUGAGGGCCUCUAUUAUUGGCCAGAGCAUGGACGUUUCCUUGGACGCCCUUGCUGUGGAGUAUCUUGCUGCGUGCGAGUUCAUUGGUCAACAAACAAGACACAUCAUCGAGAAGAUGGAGGCUGCCGGCUACAAGAUUAAUGCCAUUUUCAUGAGUGGAGGCCAGUGCCGUAACGGACUCUUGAUGAGACUGCUUGCCGACUGCACGGGUCUUCCAAUCGUGAUUCCAAGAUACAUCGACGCUUCUGUUGUGUUUGGUGCUGCCAUGCUGGGAGCUGUUGCUGCAGAGGACGCUUUGAAGAACCGUAAAGGUGCCACGGUCAAGAGCAGAAGAAACUCUGCUGUUUCUGGCGGAACAGACCCGGUUCCUGACCAGCCUCCAUCUCCAUACACCGCGCCAUCUGCCACUGCCUCGAUGACCUCGAUCAGCGCCCUGGGUGCGGGCAACACACAGACCACGUAUCCGUUCCCAACCAUGACUCCGAUCGAGGACGAGACCAAGCAGCUGGGCAACAGCCUGGACAACUCCGAGGACGAGGAGGAGCAGACGUUGUCGUUUGGCACGAAGAAUAAGGCGCAGGCCACUGCGUCGAAGAACUUCCUGUCGCAGCGGGGCCGCGGCUCUACGUUCUCGAGCUACACGAGCAACAGCACCACCUCUGCGGGCGACAAGCUGUGGAAGGUGAUGAACGACUUAUCGGGCACGGGCAGAAUAAUCAAUCCGUCCAGCCCUAACGACCCAGAUAGAAAGCUGCUGGGCACCAAGUACAAGAUCUUCCUCGACCAGAUCCAGACACAGCAGAAGUACCGCCAGCUUGUUGCUAAGACUGAGGAGGCCAUCCAGAACUACUUGAGUAUAUAG